GGACCGUCCGGCGCGUCACGUGACGGGUCCGGCGCUCGCGGUUGCUGUCAGCUGAUUCCCCGGCUUGGUGGCAGUGGCAGUGGCAGUGGCAGCGGCAGCCGUGGCGAUGGACUUUCUCCUGGGGAACCCGUUCAGCUCUCCGGUGGGACAGCGCAUCGAGAAAGCUACAGAUGGCUCCCUGCAGAGCGAGAACUGGGCACUCAACAUGGAGAUCUGCGACAUCAUCAAUGAGACCGAGGAAGGCCCCAAAGAUGCCUUCCGAGCAGUGAAGAAGAGAAUCGUGGGGAAUAAGAACUUCCAUGAGGUGAUGUUGGCUCUCACGGUCCUGGAAACCUGCGUCAAGAACUGCGGGCACCGCUUCCACGUGCUGGUGGCCAGCCAGGACUUCGUGGAGGGCGUGCUGGUGAAGACCAUCCUGCCCAAGAACAACCCGCCCACCAUCGUGCACGACAAGGUGCUCACCCUCAUCCAGUCCUGGGCUGACGCGUUCCGCAGCUCGCCCGACUUGACGGGUGUGGUCGCUGUCUACGAGGACCUGCGGAGGAAGGGCCUGGAGUUCCCCAUGACCGACCUGGACAUGCUGUCCCCCAUCCACACGCCCCAGAGGACCGUGUUCAACUCAGAGACACCGUCAGGACAGAAUUCUUCUGUGGGCACUGAUGCCAGUCAUCAAGGGGACUCCGGCCAGCACACCACCCCGCUGCCCACCUUGGCCCUACUCCCCAGCGACACACCCAUAACGCCAACCGCUGAGCAGAUCGGGAAGCUGCGCAGUGAGCUGGAGAUGGUGAGCGGGAACGUGAGGGUGAUGUCGGAGAUGCUGACGGAGCUUGUGCCCACCCAGGCGGAGCCGGCAGACCUGGAGCUGCUACAGGAGCUCAACCGGACAUGCCGAGCCAUGCAGCAGCGGGUCCUGGAGCUCAUCCCCUGCGUCGCCAAUGAGCAGCUGACGGAGGAGCUACUCAUUGUCAACGACAACCUCAACAACGUCUUCCUGCGCCACGAACGGUUUGAACGCUUCCGAACAGGCCAGACCGCCAAGGCCCCAAGCGAGGCCGAGGUGGCCGCUGACCUGAUCGACAUGGGCCCUGACCCUGCAGCCACCAGCAGCCUCUCGUCCCAGCUGGCGGGAAUGAACCUGGGCUCCAGCAGCGUGAGGGCUGGCCUGCAGUCUCUGGAGACCUCUGGCCGCCUGGAAGAUGAGUUUGACAUGUUUGCGCUGACACGGGGCAGCUCACUGGCUGACCAACGCAAAGAGGUAAAAUACGAAGCCCCUCAAGCAACAGAUGGCCUGGCUGGAGCCCUGGAUGCCCGGCAGCAGAGCACCGGAGCGAUCCCCAUCACCCAGGCCUGCCUCAUGGAAGACAUCGAGCAGUGGCUGUCCACGGACGUGGGGAACCAUGCGGAGGAGCCCAAGGGCGUCACCAGUGAAGAAUUUGACAAGUUCCUGGAAGAACGAGCCAAAGUGGCCGACCGUUUGCCCAACGUCUCCAGCCCCUCCGCCGAGGGGCCCCCGGGUCCCCCGCCUGGCAGUGCCCCUCGAAAGAAGACCCAGGAGAAGGAUGACGACGUGCUGUUUGCCUUAUGAGUGUGGGGUCUGGCACCCUGCAGCCCGAGCCCCCGCUGCUCCCACACCCCGCGCGGGGACCUGUCUCUCCUUCAGUGUUAUGGCUGCUUUGGGGGGGCUUGUUACGUAUGCCCUUCUCUCCCCCUUGAGGUUGGGG